AUGGCUACCAUGCUGCCGAUGGUGCCGCAGAUGGCGGCCUUCUUCGCCGUCAACACGUUCAUCUGCUUCCUUGCCCUGACGGCAGUCGGGCUUCGCAUCUAUCAGCACAUUGGCUUCAAGAUUGGCUUCGGCUGGGACGAUGGAUACAUCUUGGUGUCGAUGACCUUCGCUUUCACUCUCUUGGCGGUCGAAGGAGUGCGAGUCGGAUAUCCUGUCUCUGAGAUUGGCCUCAGUGGGAGUCUCUACUUGAUCAAGAUAAUCACAGCCCACAACAUCCUCUUCGUCGUCUCCAUCCUGACGAACAAGCUGAGCAUCUUGUGCUUCUACCAGCGCAUAUUCUUCGAGAGCCAGCACAUGCGCAUUAUGGUCAGGACCCUCGGUGCCUUUUUCAUCAUAUGGGCCUGCGUCGGCGUCGUCGCCCUCUUUGCAGUGUGCAACCCGCGAAUGGCUGCGGACGGGGGAGAAACUUGCAAUCGGGGCGCUUUGAUGUAUAAUUUCUCAGCGUUCUGUAUCUUCGGCGAUCUCAUGGUCCUCGUCGUCCCCUUGCCGACCAUCUGGCAUCUUAACCUGAAUCGGCAUACGAAGAUCAAGAUCAUGUUACUGUUUCUACUUGGUUUUAUCGUGACCAUCAUCGCGAUUCUCCGAUGCGUCUCCGUCAUCCGCGAGGACUGGACCGACAUCGAGUUCGCCAUCGAAUCCCAAUACUCGCUAGCAUAUGCAGUCCUCGAGCCGAAUCUGGCCAUUCUAAUCGCCUGCCUCCCCAUGGCAUAUAGCGUGAUGAACUCCUGGAGGGGCAAGCGCGUUGAGAGCGACAGCAAUGGAGUACACCUGUCAACGCCGACGCCGCCGAGGCGUCGACGAGCUGCGCCAGGCUAUGAUGAUCUGGAAGACACUAGGAUUAGCGUGUAGGUAAACACUACACUAAAAAGCCAAAAAAAAGAACCCUUCGCUUAGAAUGGGAAGCCAUUUCAUCUUUUCGUGCCUAUUUCAGUGCAUGCAUGCAUGCAGCCAGCAUCUGUGCAGUGAGCUUCACUCGACUACCCCGUGCACGGCUAGACUGACUACGCGCUGCUUCUCAUUAACCCCCUUUCCGUGCUGACAAAUUUGCCGUUUGCCUGUG